CCAAAGCGAAAGCACUCUGGCUGAGUCUGGGACGGGAUUCAGGACGCCCAGGAGAGGGAGUGCUCAAGCCCGGACUGGAACCCCAGGCUGAGGAGGGAGUCCAGCCCCUCCUGGGGCUGAGUGGGAACAAGGGUCCCGGGUCUGCCCCCCCCUCUGGGGGGGGCAGGACAGGACCUUGGGCCCUGGUGCCUUCUGGCACCUGGAAGAUGCCUGUGCCCUGGUUCCUGCUGUCUUUGGCGCUGGGCCGGAGCCCCAUGGUCCUCUCUUUAGAGAGGCUUGUGGGGCCUCAGGAUACUGCCCGCUGCUCUCCGGGUCUUUCCUGCCACCUCUGGGAUGGUGACGUGCUCUGCCUCCCCGGGGGCAUCGUGUCCGCCCCAGGCCCCGUGCUGGUGCCCACACGCCUGCAGACGGAGCUGGUGCUGAGGUGCUACCGGGAGACUGACUGUGACCUCUGCGUGCGUGUGGCCAUCCACUUGGCCGUGCACGGGCACUGGGAAGAGCCUGACGGUGAGGCAAAGUUUGGAAGAGCAGCUGACCCAGAGCUUGAGGAGCCUAGGAACGCCUUUCUCCAGGCCCAAGUCGUGCUCUCCUUCCAGGCCUACCCCACCGCCCGCUGCGUUCUCCUGGAAGUGCAAGUGCCCGCUGCCCUUGUGCAGCCUGGUCAGCCUGUGGGCUCCGUAGUAUUUGACUGCUUCGAGGCUGCUCUGGGGGCUGAGGUGCGAAUCUGGUCCUACACUCAGCCCAGGUACCAGAAGGAACUCAACCUCACACAGCAUUUGCCUGACUGCAAGGGGCUGGAAGUCCGCGACAGCAUCCAGAGCUGCUGGGCCCUGCCCUGGCUCAAUGUGUCUGCCGACGGUGAGGAUGUGCACCUGGUGCUGGACGUCUCUGAGGAGCAGCGCUUUGGCCUCUCCCUGUACUGGAACCAGGUCCAGGGCCCUACAAAACCCUGGUGGCACAGAAACCUGACUGGGCCACAAACCAUUCCCUUGAACCAUACAGAUCUAUUUCCCUGCCUUUGUAUUCAGGUGUGGCCGCUAGAGCCCGACUCGGUCAGGACAAGCAUCUGCCCCUUUAGGGAAGACCCCCGGGCACACCGGAACCUCUGGCGUGUGGCCCGGCUGCAGCUGCUGCCCCCGAGGGGCUGGAGGCUAGAUGCGCCCUGCUCACUGCCUGCUGAGGCCACUCUGUGCUGGCAGGCACCAGGCGGGGGUCCCUGCCAGUCGCUGGUCCCCCUGCUGCCACCAGCAAAUGUCACUAUCAACAAGGCAGUUGAGUUGCCGUUGCUGAAUGCCCACCCCAACCUCUGUGUCCAGGUGAGCAGCUGGGAGAAGCUGCAGCUGCAAGAAUGCCUGUGGGUUGACUCCCUUGGGCCCCUCAAGGAUGAUAUGCUGUUGGUGGAGACACGAGGCGCCCACGACAACAGAUCGGUCUGUGCCCUGGAGCCCAGCGGCUGCACCCCACUACUCAGCAGGGCCUCCACGAGGGCAGGUCGCCUUGGAGAGCAAUUACUGCAGGGCCUGCAGUCCGGCCAGUGUCUGCCCGUGAGUAGGCAGCAGGGGGUCCCCGCACCAACGCCCAAGGGCAAUGGGCCUAAAGCUCUGUACGUUCACCAGCGCUGGGCCCUGGUGUGGCUGGCCUGCCUCCUCUUUGCCGCUGUGCUUUUCCUUCUCUUCCUUUUCAAAAAGGACCGAGUGAAAGUGUGGCUGAGGCUCUUGAAGGAGGACAUCCGCGCGGGGGCUGCCGCCAGGGGCCGCGCGGCUCUGCUCCUCUACUCGGCCGAGGACUCCGGCUUCGAGCGCUUGGUGGGCGCCCUGGCGUCGGCGCUGUGCCAGCUGCCGCUGCGCGUGGCCGUGGACCUGUGGAGCCGUCGUGAACUGAGCGCGCAGGGGCCCCUGGCCUGGCUGCACGCGCAGAGGCGCCAGACCCUCCAGGAGGGCGGCGUGGUGGUGCUGCUCUUCUCGCCCGGGGCCGUGGCGCUGUGCCGGGAGUGGCUGCAGGACGGGGCUCCGGCUCCCGCCCCGCAGCGCCCGCACGACGCCUUCGCCGCCUCGCUCAGCUGCGUGCUGCCCGACUUCCUGCAGGGCCGGGCGCCCGGCCGCUACGUCGGGGCCUACUUCGACGGACUGCUCCACUCCGAGGCCGUGCCGGCCCUUUUCCGCAGCGUGCCGGUCUUCUCCCUGCCCUCCCAGCUGCCCGGCUUCCUGGGGGCCCUGCAGGAGCCCGGGGACCCCCGCCCCGGGCUGCUGGGGGAGAAGGCGAGGCAAGUGUCUCGGGCCCUGCAGCCCGCCCUGGACCAGCUGCUUCGGGCUCCCGGGGCUCCCGGGGACCCCGGGCACGGGACGCGGGAUGGCACGUGAGGCCGGGGAGACAACUCGAAUAAAGGCAGACGCUAUUUUUCUA